AUGGAAGACCACCCGGAAUCAGUAUCUAUUGGAUCAAUCAGUCCGAAGGCCUACCAGGUCCCCGCAGAAAACGAGUUUACCUUUACAACACUUAAGAAGAGCAUCGACUCCCUGGAGGAGAAAUAUGAGUCUCACGUGCACCAAGGGGGUAGUCAAUAUGUCGCACUCACCAACCUGUCAGAGGAACAUCUCGAGGUGUUGGAGAGAGAGCGCGAAAAGCACUAUUUGCCGCACAUGCGCGUGCACUAUUAUCCCAACCACACUAAUGCCAUCAUCAAGUUCGCAGAAAGGAGACACGAAACAGCAACCGCAGCCUUCCGCACGAUGAUAACCCGCAUUCUGGAUUCCUUGCAGAUAUCAGAAACCAUGCUUCUGCCGGGUGGUGCAGGUAGACAGCGAAUGGGAUCAGGUACCAGCAAGGAACCAGACCACAGUUGGAUUCCACUUUUGACUCGCCCUAGCGAUGAAUUUCCUUCCUUUGUUGUAGAGAUUGGCAUCGGUGAGGUUCUUUCUCGAUUACGCGUUGAUGCUGGGAUCUGGUUUGACAGCAGCAAUGGCUUGGCAAGGCUGGUUCUCCUUAUUGCUGUUGACGUCGAGCAGAAAACCAUCAGAAUAGAAAGAUGGCAGAGUUCGCAGUGUGUGCAGGUCGUGACUAUCAAUAAGAUAAACCAGACUGUCUCGAAUGCCCCCUUGAUAUUACCUAUCGAUCUGAUCUUCGAUGAUCGGAUACCGCUUCCAGACGGAUCGCCAUCUGCGAGUGAAUUAUUGUCGAUACCUGCUGCCUCACUUCUGCACUAUGCAGACGUUGUUUUUGCUUGA